GGGAAAAGACGAAAGUCCACAAAUUCAGAGGGAGACUGGGGGAGAAAGUUCUGCAAAGUUUGAAACUCCUGGGGGAAUAAAUCGAAUUCCAGAUGAUAUGAAACAAAAGUGCUACAUCUGGGGGACGAGACUGAAGGAAGACGCAGAUGGCAUACUGACGAGUAUGAGGAGAUUUGCACUCUGAUUGGACAAGGAGAAUACAUUUUGAUAAGAAUGCACCUUGCAUCCCUCCAGGCAAAAAGUGAUAUAGAAUCUCAGAUUGUAUCUGCCAUCUGCCUCAUCCUAAACCAGAAAAAUGAAAAGAGGUUUCAGGAACAAAUAUACUGUCUCCCCCCCGAUAUUGUGAGCAUGGCACUUUCGGAUCACCCAAAGGGGGAAUUCAUAUCACCGAAAACGAAAAAGGAAUUCAGGGUGGAAGCCUACCCGAGUUUCAUUCCCUUCAUAGAUAGAAAAAAAUUAAGUUCGCAUCCAUAUAUUUUUGCUCCUGUUUGCCACUCGGGGCAUUGGUGGUUAUGGCUGAUAAAUACAACAAAGCGAAAAUGUCAAAUAUUUGACCCGCUACACAAAAAAGCUCCAAGCGAUGAGAGAAAGGACAUUAAUAAAUUCACUUGGCUUGAGUUAAUUGAGCAGGAAAACAUCAAAAAGGGGAAGUAUGAAUGGGAUAAUUGGCCACAGGAGGAGGUGGACCACUAUAGAGUGGAGUAUGCUUCCCGGAUACUAUUCAGUGAGAUGAAUAAACAGAGAGAUCGAGCAAUUAGAGAGAGUAGUGCUAUAAGGCUGUCGAAGCCAUCCUCUGUAUUAUUGAGUCCGUUUUGUCAGAUUAAUUCUGCUGAUAUAGAAACUGGAGGAUCCCAUGCUGAUGAAUUUCUGAAAUUCCAUUCUUCAAUCUUUGUACGUAAUUCUGCAUCUGCAUGCAGUUACAAGCAUUCUGGAAUCACAAUGAUCACAGAAGAAUCGUCAAAGAUGUUGGAAAAUAUUGAUAGCGAGUAUGAUAAAUUGGUCUUACCUGAUACACCAAGGGCUGAAGAAGCCGAGAUGUUGCACCCUCAAGCAAAAUCAAAAGUUAAAUCUUUGUGUUGUUGGAUGAAAACAUUUUUAUGGUGCUGUCUCGCUGUUAUACUUGCUACUGUUCUUGUGAAAUGGGGAGUACCAUUUGCUUUUGGAAAGGUUCUUUACCCAAUCAUGGAGUGGGAAGCUACUUCCUUUGGCCAUCCUGUUCUUGCCCUUAUACUUGUUGCUUCUCUGGCUUUGCUGCCAGUAUUCUUGCUUCCUUCGGGCCCCUCUAUGUGGCUGGCAGGGAUGAUUUUUGGUUAUGGCCUUGGCUUUGCUAUAAUAAUGGGUGGAACAACGAUUGGGAUGGUCCUGCCUUACCAAAUUGGACUACAGUUCCGUGACCGCAUUCAUCAAUGGUUAAAAAGAUGGCCUCGUAAUGCAGCAAUGAUUAGGCUUGCUGGGGAGGGAAACUGGCUCUAUCAAUUUCAAGUGGUUGCUUUGUUUAGGCUCUCACCUUUUCCCUAUACUAUAUUCAAUUAUGCUGUUGUGGUGACUAAUGUGAAGUUUUGGCCCUACUUAUGCGGAUCAGUUGCUGGAAUGGUGCCAGAAGCUUUCCUCUACAUAUACAGUGGUCGAUUAAUGAAGACAUUGGCAGAAGUAGGGUCAGGGAAGCGUCACCUAAACACUGUGGAAAUUAUAUACAGCCUUAUUUCUUUCAUCAUUUCAAUUGUUGCGAUUGUUGCCUUCACCGUUUAUGCAAAGAGGACCUUACGUGAACUCAAAAUGAUAGAGUUGAAUGAUGAAGUUUCCUUGAAUGGUGAAGUUCCCUUAGUAUCUGAGGGAGAAGACACGCUUGCCACUGGCCAUCUUGUCGAACGCUAA